CUGCCUCUCUCUCUCUCUCUCUCUCUCUCUCCCGUGUCCGUGCGGGCGAGGAUGUUCCCUGGGCGGCGGGGGCUGCUGCUCCUGCGGGGGGCGCCUGGGGGGCCAUGGGGCCAUGGGGCCGCCUAGGGCGCGGGCGGGGCGGCGGCAGCAGGGGCGGCAUCCCCGGGGGCGGCGGCGGCGCGUCCUGCUGCUGGGCUCGCUGCUCUCGCUCUGGGCCACCUACCUGGGCUACAGCCUGCUGCUCUCCUCGCCCUGCCGGCCCUGCCCGCCCCUCCAGAGCGAGACCGGGGCGGCGGAGGGGCGGGGCCUCCUCGAGGGGGCGGGGCCCCAGCCGCCCAGAGGCCCCGCCCUCAAGCGCCUCCCGGGGGUCCUCAUCGUGGGGGUCAAGAAGGGCGGGACCCGCGCCGUGCUGGAGUUCCUCCGCGCCCACCCCGCCGUCCGCGCCCUCGGCACCGAGCCCCACUUCUUCGACCGCAACUACCACCGGGGCCUCCAGUGGUACAGGCGGCUGAUGCCUCGCUCUCUGGAGCACCAGCUCACCCUGGAGAAGACGCCCAGCUACUUCGUCACCCGGGAGGCCCCCCAGCGCAUCUUCAACAUGUCUCGCGAGGCCAAGCUGGUGGUGGUGGUGCGCAACCCGGUCACGCGGGCCAUCUCGGACUACACGCAGACCCUGUCCAAGACACCCGGCCUGCCAUCCUUCGAGGGCCUCUCCUUCCGCAACCGCAGCCUGGGCCAGGUGAACACCUCCUGGAGUGCCAUCCGCAUCGGGCUCUACAUCCUCCACCUCGAGGCCUGGCUCCAGUACUUCCCGCUCUCCCAGAUGCACUUUGUCAGCGGCGAGCGGCUCAUCACCGACCCGUCCGGGGAGAUGGCCAGGCUGCAGGACUUCCUGGGCUUGCGGCGCCUGGUGACUCGCCAGCACUUCUACUUCAACAAGACCAAGGGCUUCCCUUGCCUGAAGCGGGCCGUGGAAGGGGGCCGCCUCCCGCGCUGCCUGGGCAAGUCCAAAGGCCGGCCCCACGUCCAGAUCGACCCCGAGGUCAUCGAGCAGCUGCAGGACUUCUACCGGCCCUACAACGUCCGCUUCUACGAGACGGUCGGGCAGGACUUCCGCUGGGAGUGAUGGAUUGGAUGCCCUCUGAAGCACCUGUUGUGGUAAUCUAGACUCAAUGUAACCCUCUCUGGGGGAGAUUCCACCAAAAAAUCAGCAGAGUAGCAAAAGCAAAGCUUUCGAAAUGCAGCAGUUAUUUACACGGGGUGAGCAAGAGAAGCCUUUGACCAUUUAGGAUUGCAAUGGACUGCAGAGUCUCAGUAAAAGUUCAAAAAGGUAUUUAUUCAGGUAAAAAGACCUCCAUUGUAGAUAGAAAGGCUUGGGAGCUGUCUAGUCUACUCUAGACUGGUUUCUAAGGAAAAAUAACAAACAUCUAAAUACAGUAGAGUCUCACUUAUCCCACAUAAAUGGCAGAAUGUUGGAUAAGUGAAUAUGUUGGAUAAUAAGUAGAGAUUAAGAAAAAGCCUAUUAAACAUCAAAAUAGGUUAUGAUUUUACAAAUUAAGCACCAAAACAUCAUGUUAGACAACAAAUUUGACAGAAAAAGUAGUUCAUUACACAUUAAUGCUAUGUAGUAAUUACUGUAUUUUCGAAUUUAGCACCAAAAUAUCAUGAUAUAUUGAAAACAUUGACUACAAAAACGCAUUGAUAAUCCAGAACGUUGGAUAAGCGAGUGUUGGAUAAGUGAGACUCUACUGUAUAUUGAAAACAUUGACUACAAAAAUGUGUUGGAUAAUCCAGAACGUUGGAUAAGUAAGACUCUACUGUAGUUACAUCUUGCAAGGAGAGACGGCAAGAAGCUUCUUGUUAGCUAGAAGAACAAAGGGCGAAGACUGAACCAAAAAAAGGUUCCAGUUUAUUGGGACCAUAAAAGACAUUCUGACCAAUGAGAAGUUAGUGUCCCUAAAGAUUCACAUUUCCACUAACUUCAAAGUAAGGGAUGCGACGUAAACAGGAUAGAGUGAAACACUGUAAAGCCUGUCUAGGCAUGCUUUGGAAACAGGGAAAAGAUUCCCUCAAUCUAACUCUAUCAUCUAUCUGACUACUAGACAUGUCCAAAAAAUCGUUUUGAAUCGUAUAUCGGAAUUAUUUCGGAUUGUUCUCGCUUUUUGAUACGCAUUCCGAGACAUUGUCUCACAGCGCAACCGGCAAUGUAAUUCGAACCAUUGUUGGCCCAUUCUCUAAUUGUCUCUUAAUGUUUCGUUAAUUUCCCCCCCCCCCCAAAAAAAAUUUUUUUAAUAUAUUUUUAAAAAUAUUUUUAAAAUUUUUUUGUUUGUUUCUGCAACCUACCUAGAAUGGGAGCUUAGCGCAGCCUAACAUGGCUGCCGCUCCCCAGCCAAUCAGAAGCUUCCACGAUGGACACAAAGGUGGGGGCUAGGGUUGAUGAGGAUAGCUCAAGAAAUGAGGGCGGGAGAGCCCUGUAAAAGUCCCCCCCUGGUUCCCUUUAUUUAUUUAUUUUUGCAAUUGCGCAUGCGCGUCCGCCAUUUUAGAAACAUUUAGAAUCAUUACGAAUUUUCGGAAAUAUCUGAAAUUUUUGGGUGAAAAAAAUCGGAAAUACUUUCUAUAUCGAAGCGCCAGUGCCCCCUACUUUAGAAACGAGAAUUGAAACAUUUUUUUCAUCGAUCGGACAUGCCUACUGACUACAUCUAGACUUGAGUAGCCCAGGAUGAGUCCCAACAGCACGCACUCGAGGGCUCAUUGGCACUGACUAUAAGGUUUCCAGAGCUGGUAGCUUUCAGUGGAUGGGACAGAGGAUGGAUUUUAUUUUCGUCCCCUGAAGGAUGGAUUGGAUGACCUCUGAAGCGCCCACUCAAGGCCUCGUUGGCACCGACCCUAAGCCUCACCCCUUUGCUUUAUUCUGCUGGUGGCUUUCAGUGGAUGGGACUGAGGAUGGAUUUUAUUUUUCAUAACACUGGUAUAUAAGAUAUAUAUAUAAAUAUAUAUAAACAUAGUCUAUAAGCAUCACUGCCUAAGCACUGAUGGGCACAAGGGGUGUCCUGCGUGGGAGCCCCUUUUCCUGGUCUCUCGGCCAAUGAGUCCCCACUUCCCUCUUUGGCGGGAGCUGCGCCCGGUCGUGGAAGCCCCGCAAAGGCGCACGCACACGCUCCCCACGGAAUAAAGCACACGCCUCUGUUGUUACGGGUAACGUCAGGCACCCCCUCCCACUUGCACCCCCCUUUUCUUGUUCAGGAUUGUAUCUCCACUCUCCUCCCUCUUUGUGUGCAAUGAUACUAAAUAAAUAAACAAAAAACCCACCCAA